GGGUAGGGACUGAAACCACGACAGCUCACUGCUACACACAUUCCCAGCCACAAAGUCAGAAGAGCUCACACACAGAGUGAAACUAACCAGUACAGAGUCGAAGUCUCAGAUCAAAACGGAGCAUCGUUAUUAUCUGAUAAUAUCAUAGCAGCUACAGUAUUGGAUGCAUGUGUUUCUUUCACAACUCGUUAGCCACAAGAAAUUCCCAGUGAUUCAACCAGUUUUUGAAGAGCUUAACCACGGGCUUACCAAUCUGCUCGGAGCCAAUAGCAAGGGCCACAUACUUACAAAAAAGUGUGAUGACCUCACGCACCAUGUGAGAUGCUUUUCCAAUGAGCAAGUGACUAGCUGAAGAUUCUUCAGGCGCAGAGCUCUGGUUGAGCUGACACUCUCUCGGGCCUCACUUUGAACCACAGAACCACAAGUGCGGUGCAGCCUACAUCUCAAGACUGCACCUGAACCUCAACAGGUUUAUUUUUUUUAAGCCAGGAUACCCCUCAGCUGGACCUCAACUAGUUUACGUCUAACGUUGCGAAAAGUGACAAAAACAACUCUCCCCAAGGACUGAGAGUAUCAACUGGAACGGACCAUGGCAUCCAACAGCAUAUUCGAUUCAUUUCCAGCCUAUCCACAGACCUUCUUGCGAGAUCCCAGCACUAGCAGGCGCUUCACUCCUCCCUCCACAACGCUGACGUCCAGCUCGGGGAAGAUGAGCGAACCGGUGUCACUGACUCAACCCAACCCGCCAGGUCUGUCACGGAUCCGGACCGAGUCCCGCACGGUGGUCGAUGUUCUGCAGGACCACGCUGGCGAACUAGUCCGAACUGACAGCCCCAACUUCCUCUGCUCGGUCCUUCCUUCACACUGGAGGUGCAACAAGACACUGCCCGUGGCGUUUAAGAUCGUGGCUCUUGGAGAUGUUCCUGAUGGAACCAUGGUCACUGUAAUGGCUGGGAACGAUGAGAAUUAUUCAGCAGAACUCCGCAACGCCUCGGCGGUCAUGAAGAACACUGUGGCCCGAUUUAACGACCUCAGAUUUGUGGGAAGAAGCGGACGAGGUAAAAGCUUCACACUGACAAUCACUGUAUUCACCAGCCCUCCUCAAGUUGCCACCUACCACAGAGCCAUUAAAGUCACAGUGGACGGACCCAGAGAGCCACGCAGGCACAGGCAAAAGCUUGAAGACCAGGCAAAACCUGGCACCAUUUUCUCAGACCGCUUGAGCGAAUUGGAACGCUAUCGGCAAACGGCAAUGAGGGUCGGUCCAUCUAAUCCCAGUCCCCGUCCUCUGAGUGUUCCCACCCACUUCAGCUCACCAACACAAACACAGAUUCAGGGCUCCUCGGACAUCAGCCCGUUCACAGAUCCUCGCCAGUUUGAGCGCCAGUUUCCUGGACUGUCUUCACUUACAGAGUCCCGCUUCUCAGAUCCCCGCAUGCACUAUCCCGGUGCUAUGUCCGCAGCCGCCUUCACCUACUCCUCCGCUCCGUCCACCACGGGCAUUGGUGGCAUCAGCAUGACAGGCAUGGCAGCCACAGCUCGCUACCACACCUACUUGCCGCCACCUUAUCCUGGAUCAGCCCAGAACCAAAGUGGACCCUUCCAGACCAGCGCCUCACCCUAUCAUCUCUACUAUGGCACCUCUGCUGGAUCGUACCAAUUCUCCAUGGUUGCUGGAGGAGAACGCUCACCUACUAGAAUGUUGCCUUCCUGCACCAGUGUGUCUACUGGAAGCUCACUCAUGAAUCCCAAUUUGGCUCAUCAGAAUGAUGUUGUGGAUGCUGACGGCAGUCAAAGCAAUUCUCCAACAGCAAUGACAACCACGGGACGGAUGGACGAGUCAGUCUGGAGGCCUUACUAGACAACCAAAGAUGUACGAGCAGCAGUAAUUGUUCAAACCAAUCCAUGAUAUCUUUCCUCUAUGCACUAUAAAGAAUUAUAGCUGUAAUAGAGGGAAUGAAAAUAUCCAAAAAUGUCCAUGUUUCAAGUAUGACUUUUGGCUAAAGGCACCUAUUGUAUAUACCUUCACUUAAGAGAUGAGCCAUCGUGGAAAAUAAUCGGCCCACCUUGCAAUGGUCAAAUGGCCAUCAGGACAGAAUGACUUCCAACCAAAGAUGACUAUCAUCACAUUUCACAAGUAACAGGCAGGUUGGCAUAGGUUGGAUAGAAUUAAUGUUUUGGCCUUUUACAACAAUCAUUUAUUGGUCGUUUGUGGUUAUGUAGUUGGCAAUGGCCGUAUGGAUACUGGAUUAUUUUCUGCUAUGGUGUAACCAUAGUAUUUCCGCACUUGUGUUUAAAAAAAAAACCUUUAUCAAGGGGACAAUAGAUGGAGAGAAUUUCUGCGACCAUUAAAAUAAAGGUCACUCAGUGGACAGAGGUACAAAGGUUAGAAAAUCUCAUAGUCUGCACAUUAUUAGUCUAUUUAAUCAGGGGUUCAAACAAGCCAUGUUAAAUUUGUUAUAAAGACCUAUAACAGAAAAUAAGGGCCACAAGACAUUAUCUAAUGACUGUUGAAAUAACCAUAGAAAGUUAUGUUUGAAAGUUAUAUUCUUUUUUUACAAACGAGAUGAUGGUGCAAAAGCCAACUGAAUUAUCAAAGCAUUAGAUAUUCCCAUUCUGAGAUCAUCCAGGAUGUCUGCAGUCUUGCCACAGUACACAAGGACCAAAUCAAUGUCUUAGAGACCUACUUCAGGGCACACUUGGAAACGUUCCUGAUCUCCUCGUUUUUUUUGCUCUAUGAGCACACAAUAUAAUUUAGAAUAAUAAUUUGGCAUACUUAAUUUUGCUUCCCCGUUGUGUGGGGCUGCAGCUGUGACCAAACUCCCUAGUGCCAAGCCACAUAAGUCGAUUUCGGACACUGUCUACUUAGCUGAAAUACUGCACAAUAUACUUGCAGAUGAAAGUUAUUUUUGUGUUAGUUGAUCUCCGCCAAUGAGCUGCAAAUGUCUUGAUGUCCCGACUACAUCUAUAAAAAAAAACCUAAACAUGUCUUCAUGUUUACCAGUGAAUCGACACAAACUAGGUAGGUGGCCAGAUGAAUCAGAUUACCAUUAUUUAGAUCACUGUGGACUGUAACAUAAAAUGCACUGAGACACAGUGCCACUGAUCAGCCAGUGAAAUUCUAUAGAUGCUUGGUGGAUAUGUGAUAAGUAUGUGUUCUUAUGGAUAUAGCUGGAUGACAAUUCAAUGGCACAUUAGUAGAGAUUGCCUCUGUCCUUGCUAUAUGAGCCUUGCAUGGCUGAUAUGCAUGUGUAGUAUUUAUUCUGAAAACAAUGUUCUAUUGAAGCUUUUUCUUGUUCUUCUUUACUUUACAUUUAAUAGCCAGUGAGUUGCUGCACCUAGCUAAAUUAAAACAUAAAUUGACCAAAACGCUACUACUUUUUCAAAUAAUGGCAUAGCUUUGUGGCGAUUUUUUUUUGGAUUGUUUACAUAAAAGUGUGGGAUGAUGAAUUACUAUUCGCUUAAGUAACAGCAAUACCUCCGAUUACAAUGAUUGGAAAAAUAAAGUUACAUUGCUGUCUCGGUUAUCAAAAUUACCCAUAUUGAGCAGACAGGUAAAUGACCAAUGCAUAGAUUUCUUGAAAGGUAUCUUUAGAUUUUCUCUUAUCAUUGUUUGUUUAAUUCUUGUUGCGAUCUGCAAAGUUCCACGUUCCAAAGGGUAUUCCACCGUAUUCAUUUUGCACUCAGUUUAUAAUUUGGUAACAAGACCAAGUCCCUCACGAGUUAGUGUUCCUCUUCCAGCAGCUUUCCCACACCCCAAGAAGAAAUGUUCUGGUUCCUUCAUCCUCAGGAGUAUAUUUUGUUUCAGAUCUAUGAAGUGGUGUUAAUAUUUCUAUUUGUGAAAACAGGGUUGGGGGGGGGGGGGGGGGGGUGUUAAAUUAUUAACCUGAUGUACAGUGGCUACCCAAAUCUCCUCUGCAAAACACUCAUGCCUAUAUUGGUUAAUUGGAAUUAGUUGUUACUAACCAGUGACAAUUUACAAAAUGUAAUUAUUAUAACUUUGGUGAAGCCCAAGUUCCUUUGCAUUAAUAGGUUACCUGGAGGUCUGUUCUACCAGGGAAUAUAUGAAUAAUUCAUUCGUAAUAUUGGAAGCUCUUUUAUUUUGACCAGUCAUAGUUGGGAAAUUAAAAUUUAACAAAAUCACAUGUAGUAUCUUGAUUCCAACGUUAUGAUCGUUUUGAUUCGCAGUGAGGUUGUACACUAUGAUUUAAAUUUUCUUUAUUGAUAUCCAACUUAAAAUCCAAGUUGAAGAAGUAAAUAUUUCUCUAUCUACGUGAACAGUUGCCAAGGUUAAUUAUAAUUCAGCAAAACUAUUUUCAAUCUGAUCACAAUUUCUUAUAAAGAGAUCAUUUAAAGAAAAUUCCUUGGAGAGGUUGGAUUUAACGUUACCAAGUAUAAAACACACGAGUGUUAUAAUGGUAUUAUUUCCCAGGGCAGUCAAAGAUGAUGUCUCAACAACUCAGUAAGAUAUAGUUCACUCUGAGCAUUCAGGUAGGACACAGAUACCACUACAAAGUCUUUCUGCAUACUACGGAUGCUGCUGCUUUAUGUCAAAACAGCCUAGGCUGGGAUACUUGGUCAAAUUUCAAGGCAGAGGAAGGUGGUCACUUAAGUGUCCUCACUUGAGUGCACAGUACUAAAGUAUCCCAUUGUUCCACAGGUACGGGUCGAGACUAUGAUUAUGUUUUUUGCAAGGUACAUUUCAAUCAUAUGAAUACUAUUCUGACAUCCAAGACAUUUUAAUUAAAUUGUUCACCCACAGAUUCUAUUUGGUUGACAUAAAGCAAUGCGUUUAGCCAACGGCUUGUAUUACACACCUUUGGUAUUAAUAUAUUUAUUUUCCAAAAGAAAUGCAAAAGAUAAUCCUGUUGAUUGCAGUCUUUUAGCUUCACUAUAGCCUUAGAAGGCCUGUGUCUUUAAAAAAAUGUCAGCUUCACUUCUUUCCAGCUUAUCUCUCCUGAGCGUUAAAUCUCCUUUGUAAUUUAUUUAUUAAGAGUGGGAGCUGGAAGCUGUUCACAUACAAACGUUUAUAUUUCUGUACAAAUGUAUCUGGAUUAAGCAGUUGCACUUAUACAAGGGUGUCGGGUUACACGCUUUUUAAGUUUGUUUCCGUGCAAAAUUCCAUCCUAUUUAAUAAUUGAAUAUAUUUGUUGUUUUUUUUCAAAAUAUUAAUUAUCUGCCAAGCUGGGCUUUUUUAAAGAUUGGAAUAUUAUUUCUUUUUCUUAUUUGAGAGAGAUGACAGUUCUAUUUGUAAGCUGUGAGUUUGGGCUGCUGGCAGCAUCCUGGAAAGCAAAAUACAACCACAAUUUGUUCUGAUGCAUCAGUAGUAUAAGCUUCAUCCUCACCAGGGUUUUUCCCAUUUACCACAACACAGCAAAUCACACUGGGGACACGGGGCAGGAAAUCUCUUAUUUGUUCCACAGCCAACAAACGACUGAGCCAAAAUGAAACCUGGUAGCCAAAGACAUGGCAGUAUAACAAUCAGAAGCAUAUAUAAAGCAACGGACAUUCCUGGCCAUUUUCUAUUAUCUCUACUUGGUGACCAGUACUUACAGUAAAGGUUGCUAUUAGCUGCAUGGCCACAAUUCUUUGCCCUCUUUGCACCACUGUGAUUGAACGUCUAAUCUAACCGGCCACAAUUAUGCAGAAUUAUUUGGACUAGAAGCCACAAGACAGGGGUUCAGUUGACUCCAAAGGUCUUUCGUACUUGACACUUGUGCUGACCGAUACGGUCUCAAGGGGGGGAGGGUUGGGAUGAAGUUAAUGUUUUCUUUAGUUGCUGAGUUCCACUUGAACAAGAUGGACAAUCUCAUAAGACCCAGCACCAAACUAAGUCAGUAAAGGAACACAAUUCUAUAUACAAUGGAAAAUGUCAUGCACAUGCCCAUUUCUAGACCCCCCCCCCCCCCAUCUGAGUUUAUAUUUGUUUUUUUGAUACCCUGAAUAUUUGCUUAGAACUCACUAUUAUCUUGAGCCAAAAGAAGAGGUUUCACCCAAAAACACCCAUAUCGGGUUUGUUUCUGAGGCUUGGUUUCCAUGACCAGCCCUACUGGAUAUCAGAUCAUUGCAUUUAUUGGUAUCUUGUUUUCUAGGGGAGGAGAAGUAAUAAAGUGUAAUUCAGAGAUUUUUUUUCCCCUAAGAAAUCUUUAUUUCUUGCCUAUGCUUUCAUGCUGAAGAUAACAGCCUAAAAGAUUAAAAGUAAUUGAGGAAUAUUCAAUUUUGUAAGAUAAACAUUUUUCAUGCAUAAAUGUACAUGAUAUAAACAUAGUAAAAUAAUGAAUGCUUGCCAUAUAUUUACCAUAUGCAUCUAAACUACUGCCUAAUUUGUUUUAAAAUAUACUUUCCCAAGCCAUUUCUGUCACUGCUGUAUGCUUUGGCUGUAUCAAAUAGCUGCUUCUAACAUUAACAAAAUAAAAAUAAUUCUGCCUUUAAAGCCGUGUUUGAUGGUUUGACAUUGUAAAAUAACAAUAAUAUUGUUGAAAUGGAAUUACUGUACUUCAAACUCCUGUACAACAUAGAUUAUAUUCUAUUGUCAAGAUGUUUUUCAUGUUGUGCUCGAGUAAUCACUGGAGUUAAGUCUUGUGCUUCAAUAAAAAAUGGCCUUUUUCUGAUGUAA